UUACAACUCUUGCUGAAUCAUCCACGACUACUGCAGGAGUUACCACAACAGCCCCACAAACUAGUGUUACAACAGCAGAAUCCUCCACAACAUACAACAACAACAACAGUGCCCUCAACAACCAUUACAACUCUUGCUGAAUCAUCCACCACUACUGCAGGAGUUACCACAACAGCACAACAAACUACUGUUACAACAGCAGAAUCCUCCACAACAGCUACAACAACAGCAGUGCCCUCAACAACCAUUACAACUGUUGCUGAAUCAUCCACCACUACUGCAGGAGUUUCCACAGCAGCACUACAAACUACUGUUACAACAGCUGAAUCCUCCACAACAGCAACAACAACAGCAGUUCCUUCAACAACCAUUACAACUCUUGCUGAGUCAUCCACCACUACUGCAGGAGUUACCACGACAGCACCACAAACUACUGUUACAACAGCAGAAUCCUCCACAACAGCUACAACAACAGCAGUUCCUUCAACAACCAUUACAACUCUUACUGAGGCAUCCACUACUACUGCAGGAGUUACCACGACAGCGCCACAAACUACUGUUACAACAGUUGAAUCCUCCACAACAGCAACAACAACAUCAGUGCCCUCAACAACCAUUACAACUCUUACCGAGGCAUCCACUACUACUGCAGGAGUUACCACAACAGCACCACAAGCUACUGUUACAACAGCUGAAUCCUCCACAACAGCUACAACAACAGCAGUGUCCUCAGCAACCACUACAACUUUUGCUGAAUCAUCCACUACUACUGCAGGAGUUACCAAAACAGCACCACAAGCUACUGUUACAACAGCUGAAUCCUCCACAACAGCUACAACAGCAGCAGUGCCCUCAACAACCACUACCACUACAACUUUUGCUGAAUCAUCCACUACUACCGCAGGAGUUACCACAACAGCACCACAAAUUACUGUUACAACAGCAGAAUCCUCCACAACAGCUAGAACAACAGCAGCAACAUCUGAAACACCAGCAACUUCAUCGCCAACAGGUUCAGCCACAGUCUUUACAUCUAUUAUUGGUACAUCCACCAGUGGUACAGCAAUAACCGCAAUAGUGACACAAUCUAAAGUUACUACAGAGUCUACAGCAUCUAACACUUCUACAGAACCUGCAGUGUCUACAGCUGCUAUAGCUUCUACUGUAUCUACAGCUUCAACAGCAUCUACAGCAUCAACAGCAUCUACAACCUCUACAGCAUCUACAGCCUCUACAACAUCUACAACCUCUACAGCAUCUACAACCUCUACAGCAUCUACAAUCUCUAAAGCAUCUACAACCUCUACAGCAUCUACAACCUCUACAGCAUCUACAACUUCCAAAGCAACUACUGCAAAAAUAAUACCUGAAGUGCUAACAGAUCUAGUGUUUAGCUCUUUUGAGACAUUUAUAGAUGCACUCAGUGAUGUCAACAGUGAGGAGUUUAAGAUUAGGUCUAAACUUGUCAAGGAUGAGCUUGAGCCUGUCUACAAAAUCAAGUAUUCUAACUUCCUCAGACUGAAUGUCCUAAGAUUCAGAUCAGGGUCAAUCAUCACAUCAACACAACUAGCUUUCAGCUUCAACCAAACUAUCCCAUCUGUUCAAGAGAUUUCAAACACCCUCUUGGAAGCAGUGGGAACAGGGGAUGUCAAUCCAUUAAAGAUAAUCCCUGAAUCAAUUUCAGUCAAUGGUUCAGCUACAACUGUUGCUCCUGCAACAACUACAACAACCACCACAGCAACUACAGUUUCAGGCGGAUUAAAGAUUGAAUCCAGUCUGUUCCAAGCAAUAUGCCUCAUUAUUAUGUCUAAAAUAUUAAGCUUUUUCCUAUAGAUCCCUUAAACAUAUCAACCAAACAUGAGAGUUCAACAAGACACACUGUAACAAAUUAAUUAAACACAAAAUGUAUUUAUUAUUAUUAUUAUUAAAUGUAUAGUAUUUCUCAUUGUAGCACAUUCUCAAAUACUAGUAUUGAGCAACAUAAAGAUAACUUUGAUAAUGCAUUUUUGCUGAAGAAUAUAACAGUAGAUAUCUGUUUAACAGCAGGCUGUUUUCUGGGAGGGAGAAGUAGAUCUUUUUCCUUAUGUAUUUCCUUUAAAUGUAAACAUUGUGAAUGUUGUUUAACUGUUUUGAGGUUAAUACUGUUUAAACUACUUAUUUUUGUUUGUCUAAGUUCUAACAUUGUAAUAUGUAAUAUUUUAAUUAAAUAAAAAUAUUUAUUAAA